ACCAAAAACUCUAUCUUCUCUUUCCUAAGACUCAAACCAUGUAUACAUAUAUUUUGUGUGUAUAUAUUCAAAAAAAUAAUAAACUCGAUCUAGCCACUGUUAUUUAAUAUACAUUUGAAAGAAAGCUAGUACGUGAUUAACAAACAUUAUUGCAAUACCAGUCAAUGAGGAAAAGAUUUUAGAGAGCUUCAAGGAUGAAAAUGAGUUUUCCUUGGGUAAACGUCCAACGCCAGAUGGAGUAAGAAAUAUAUCACAAAAUGCAUAUCAAAAGAACAAGAAAUUGCAUGAUGCUAAAUCUUCUGGUGAAGAUCACGAAAUGAACUCGAGUUCGAAGUGUACAUCAAUGAAGGAUCAUUGUGUUGGAAAGAAGUCUAAAAUCAUCUGGACCAAAGCGUUGAGCAAGAAGUUCUUGGAAGCCGUUGGAAUUCUUGGAAUUGAUAAAGCUUCCCCAAAGAAAAUCCAAGAAUUGAUGAAUGUGAAAGGUUUAACAAGAGAUCAUGUGUCAAGUCAUCUACAAAAACACCGAAUCUUACUAAAGAAAUUAAGUAGCACAAGUUGUGGUGUUCAAGCUGCUUCAAAACCAUGCUUGUUAGAGAGCUCAGUGGUUGACGGCGCCUCUUUGAAAAAAUCUUCAUUUGUCCUUAAUCAGGAACACAUGAAUUGGUCAUCUUAUAGUGGGACACAUACCACUAAUCCUCGAAUUGUGGACACUGAACGCUCCUACAUUCCUUUUAUUCAAGCUGCAAAUUUCAAUUCAACAUUUUCAUCUGCAUUAACUCUUUCAGGUCCAUUACCAAAUAAAGAGUGGAAUGCUAAUAUGGAAAAAGGGGCAAUAAGAGAUGAUAUGGUGCUGACUGAAACUGAAAUAGAUGCUAUUUUAUCAUUUGCUGAUGAAAAUGGCGAUUGCGGUCAAACUUCAAAUAAUGUCCCUGCUACUCUAAACCGCCAGAAUAAGGAUGCGAAUGGUCAAAACUUUCCGAAUAUUGUCUCAUUUGAUUCAAAUCUUAAGGAGAAAACUGCAUCCACCACCCAACAUCAAACUUCAAAUUGAUAUCUUCAUGUUUUUUAUCCAGCUUUCAACUUGCAUAUCUAUGAGCAUGCAAAUCAUGGAGCCCGUUGGAAGUCUUAAACCCGUAGCAUGUGAUAUGACCUUCAAGGC